ACAAAAGAAGGAGCAGUCUGGAGGAAACGGACUGAAGAAGAAGAAGAAGAAGAAGGAGGGAGAAAAGAAAGAAAACCGAGCCGCACUAUAACUCCCCAUGUACAGACGUUAAAGUAACCUUUUUUAUAACUUUAUUUCUUCUGCGAAGAAACCUCAAGUUUUUCUAUUUUGCGAAAAGUAACUUGUCUACCUCAGUUUUAAGGAUUGUUAUAAUCAACUGUUUACAUCCUCCUCCAUCUCUGCCGCAGGGCUCGUUUUGUACUUUUGCACUCGGCGAAGCGAUCCUGACGUUGAGCGAUGUCCAGCCUGUGUCUGCUGGCCUGCAGAUGAUCCAUGACCACACCUUAUUGAUGCACUUUAGCACCUUUCCAGAGCCUUCCCCCAGCCGUGAACCCCGCAGCUGAUGACCAAAGUGCGCGCCACGCCUCCCCGCCGUCGCCCCGAGCCACGCGCCUUCCAGCCCCUCCCUCAGCCUCGCGCCCCCGCAGGACGUUCAGGGAUGUUCCAGAGGUUCGCCAGCGCUCUGUUCGGGGACGACGUCGAGGAGCUGAGUCAAUGCAGCAGACCUGGAGAUGACAAGGAGGAAGAGGAGGACGACGAAGACUGGAUCCUGGUCAACUACCUUGCUGAAGCCUGCUCCAGUCAGUGUGGUGACGGCCUCUCUGGAUCCAAUGUUGGACCUGAGGAAGAGGAGGAGGACGACGAGGACGACCUGGUGAUGAUCCCCUCCCCAAUGGCAAGCCCCCCGAUCCGUUACGCCUCCUGCACCUCCCUCAACUCCACGGCUGACACCGACCCAGAUGGCGGGGCGGAGGAGGACGACGAAGAGGCCGAAGAGGAGAACGGGUUCCUCCGUCUGGACGCCUGCUCUCUGGAGGAGAGCUGGUUCGUCACGCCGCCGCCCUGCUUCACCGGCCGCCGCAGCCAGCCCGGCCUGCUGGAGACCAGCCCUCUGGAGAACUUGCUGAUCGAGCACCCCAGCAUGUCGGUCUAUGCCCACCACAGCCCCCCCAGGCUGACCCUCGACCCCCUGCCGCGUUCCCUCGACCUGGAGCUGGGCUUGUUGCCUGGAAACGUGCCCGCCCCCCUGACACCCUCCACUGGGAAAGAGAAGGGGAGACGCUCUCUGGACGGCCCUCGACACAGGCCGGAGGUGGCAGUCGUCCCCCGUCGCUCCAGCCUCCACUCAGCCUGCUAUGCUGCGGCGCUCUCCGCCCGCGCCGGCCUCCUGCAGCAGCGGGCGGGCAAUGCCACCACCCAACGCAACCAGCCGCUGUCCCGCAAGGCCCUGCGACGCCUCAACCUGCUGCGCCCCCCGAAGGCCAGCUCCGUGCACCUGCACCAGCCCAGCCAGAGACACCUCAACUUCUGAGGCGUCCUUCAUCAUCCUCAUCAUCAACCUCCAUCCUUUAAAGCAGUAUGGGAAACCGACACUGGCCACCAACACCAGCAACAUGUCAUCAGCCAUCAGUUACACCCCGAUCUGAAAUCUGAUUGGACGGUGAAAUAGGGAACGUGGCUGGUGAUUUUUAUUUUGUUUUAUCAGCUCAUGUGGCCAGUGGAUGAAGUUUUUCCUCUUCUUCAUCAUCCAUCCAUCCAUCCAUCCUUCAUAUUGAUGAUAUGAAAAGAAAAGGUCAUCACGUUCCUCUCCUCUUCCUAUCAUCCAUGUUUUAUUCUCUCUCCGUUGGACCAGUUUGUCCAAUCACAGAGAAGAAGAAGAGUUGUCAUGGUGACAUCUUCUCUCUCUUUUUUUCUUCUUCUUUUUCUUCUUGUUCUUUACGGACAACUUAAUGUGUAGAAUCAAUGCUGUAGGUCACUUUACUCAGCGGCAGGUUCACAGCGUGGCGGGAUGUCGCUCAGGUAAUGUCACAACCUCUACAACUUUUUGGGCAA